ACCUGAGGCGGAUGACGGCAGGCUUCAUGGGCAUGGCUGUAGCCAUCAUUCUGUUUGGCUGGACGAUAGGUGUUCUGGGAUGCUGCUGGGAUAGAGGACUGAUGCAGUACGUGGCAGGAUUACUGUUCCUAAUGGGAGGCACCUUCUGUAUAAUCUCUCUCUGUACCUGCGUGGCGGGGAUCAACUUCGAGCUGUCCCGUUAUCCUCGCUAUCUGUACGGCCUGCCGGACGACAUUGGCCAUGGCUACGGCUGGUCUAUGUUCUGCGCCUGGGGAGGUCUGGGGCUCACCCUCAUCGCUGGUUUCUUCUGUACCCUGGCUCCCUCCGUCCAGCCCAUCCCUCGAUCCACCUGCCCCAAGUCGAGGCAGGAGAACGGGACGGUCUGCUAGAGGGACUGGGAUGGAGGAUAGAGGGACUGGAGGUCCAGUCCUAGAUAGAUAGCUGACUACACCUUUAACCACACAGGACAGCCAUAACAAAAGAGAAUUUAACAAACAAAAAUGUAACAAUGAGUUGACAAAUCCAUGCAUUCAUUUAAUUAAUAAUUUUCCUGGCCACUUAAAGACAAUGUUUAGUUUUUUCUUUGAUUAAGUGUGUGUGUGUGUAUAAACAUGUUUAAAGUGUGUGUGUGUGUGUGUGUAUAAACAUGUUUAAAGUGUGUGUGUGUGUGUAUAAACAUGUUUAAAGUGUGUGUGUGUGUGUGUGUAUAAACAUGUUGAAAGUGUGUGUGUGUGUGUGUGUAUAAACAUGUUUAAAGUGUGUGUGUGUGUGUGUGUGUGUAUAAACAUGUUGAAAGUGUGUGUGUGUGUGUGUAUAAACAUGAUCUUGUUUCUUGAAAAACAAUAGUUUUUUUUAAACACACAAACUGACAGAAAAAUCUAAUCAUCGAUCUGAAGUUGUGCUGGGGGGGGGGGGGUUGUAGUCGGGGAGCGGAUGUUGUGAUGCUUGAAAUGGAUGUACCAUGAAACGGCCUUCUCUACUGGGAGGAACCUUUCAGUAAUGAUCGAUGACAGACGGAUGGACAACAAGGGAUGGGAGUUACAAGAACAACAGUCUGAACCUCAGAGGAACUAACUCAUCAUGGUGACCAGCCUCCACAACAAGGAGAAUAACUGAAACUCUGUUGUUGCUGAGGGGAGGAUGGCUCAUCGUAAUGGCUUGAACGGCGCAAAUGGAACGGUAUCAAACACAUGGAAACCAUGGAAACCAAACCAUUCAAACACAUGGAAACCAUGGAAACCAAACCAUUCAAACACAUGGAAACCAUGGAAACCAAACCAUUCAAACACAUGGAAACCAUGGAAACCAAACCAUUCAAACACAUGGAAACCAAACCAUUCAAACACAUGGAAACCAUGGAAACCAAACCAUUCAAACACAUGGAAACCAAACCAUUCAAACACAUGGAAACCAAACCAUGUGUUUGAUACCAUUCCACGUAUUUCCUCUCAAGCCAUUUGCCACGAACCCGUCCUCCCCAAUUAAGGUGCCACCAACCUCCUGUGUCGAAGAGGGUCAAUCAACACUAACUGAGAGGGGUCAAAGGUUGGAUUAUUAUAAACAGCACAUCCUGUUCUAAAGAGACACCUCAGCAUGUUGGAGACUUCCGAUUGGACUAGCUGUGUGUUCCUCAGAUCUACUCUGGGUCAAAGGACUAGCUGUGUGUUCCUCAGAUCUACUCUGGGUCAUUGGACUAGCUGUGUGUUCCUCAGAUCUACUCUGGGUCAUUGGACUAGCUGUGUGUUCCUCAGAUCUACUCUGGGUCAUUGGACUAGCUGUGAAGGAAGAAUAGCACAUCACACGAUACAGACUCUCUAGAGUAUCUCUACUGUUGUACAAAACUACAGAAUCAUCCUUCCAGAGAAAUUACAGCCAAUCGUCCCAAAUGGCCCCCUUUUCCCCUCUGGUCCCUAGUCAACAGUAGUACAGUACACUGGACAGGGAAAUAGGGUGCCAAUCGUCCCAAAUGGCUCCCUUUUCCCUCUGGGCUCUAGUCAACAGUAGUACACUGGACAGGGAAUAGGAUGCCAAUGGAGACACAUACCUAUUUCUUAAAGCCCUGUCUAUCCUCAGUCAUCUAACAUUUUAUACAUUCAUUCCUUUUUCUUUGUAUCAUCCUGAAUUAACUGUGUGUUGUCCUGAAACCCAUCCUGAAUGAACUGUGUGUUGUACUGAAACCCAUCCUGAAUGCAGGAAACUGUGUGUUGUACUGAAACCCAUCCUGAAUGAACUGUGUGUUGUACUGAAACCCAUCCUGAAUGAACUGUGUGUUGUACUGAAACCCAUCCUGAAUGAACUGUGUGUUGUACUGAAACCCAUCCUGAAUGAACUGUGUGUUGGACUGAAACCCAUCCUGAAUGAACUGUGUGUUGUACUGAAACCCAUCCUGAAUGCAGGAAACUGUGUGUUGUACCCAUCCUGAAUGAACUGUGUGUUGUACUGAAACCCAUCCUGAAUGAACUGUGUGUUGUACUGAAACCCAUCCUGAAUGAACUGUGUGUUGUACUGAAACCCAUCCUGAAUGAACUGUGUGUUGUACUGAAACCCAUCCUGAAUGAACUGUGUGUUGUACUGAAACCCAUCCUGAAUUAACUGUGUGUUGUACUGAAACCCAUCCUGAAUGAACUGUGUGUUGUCCUGAAACCCAUCCUGAAUGAACUGUGUGUUGGACUGAAACCCAUCCUGAAUGAACUGUGUGUUGUACUGAAACCCAUCCUGAAUGCAGGAAACUGUGUGUUGUACCCAUCCUGAAUGAACUGUGUGUUGUACUGAAACCCAUCCUGAAUGAACUGUGUGUUGUACUGAAACCCAUCCUGAAUGAACUGUGUGUUGGACUGAAACCCAUCCUGAAUUAACUGUGUGUUGUACUGAAACCCAUCCUGAAUGAACUGUGUGUUGUCCUGAAACCCAUCCUGAAUGAACUGUGUGUUGGACUGAAACCCAUCCUGAAUGAACUGUGUGUUGUACUGAAACCCAUCCUGAAUGCAGGAAACUGUGUGUUGUACCCAUCCUGAAUGAACUGUGUGUUGUACUGAAACCCAUCCUGAAUGAACUGUGUGUUGUACUGAAACCCAUCCUGAAUGAACUGUGUGUUGGACUGAAACCCAUCCUGAAUGAACUGUGUGUUGUACUGAAACCCAUCCUGAAUGAACUGUGUGUUGUCCUGAAACCCAUCCUGAAUGAACUGUGUGUUGGACUGAAACCCAUCCUGAAUGAACUGUGUGUUGUACUGAAACCCAUCCUGAAUGCAGGAAACUGUGUAUUGGACCCAUCCUGAAUGAACUGUGUGUUGGACUGAAACCCAUCCUGAAUGAACUGUGUGUCGGACUGAAACCCAUCCUGAAUGAACUGUGUGUUGUACUUAAACCCAUCCUGAAUGAAGGAAACUGUGUGUUGUACUGAAACCCAUCCUGAAUGAAGGAAACUGUGUGUUGUACUGAAACCUUAUACACUGCUCAAAGAAAUAAAGGGAACACUAAAAUAACACAUCCUAGAUCUGAAUGAAUGAAAUAUUCUUAUUAAAUACUUUUUUCUUUACAUAGUUGAAUGUGCUGACAACAAAAUCACACAAAACUUAUCACUGGAAAUCAAAUUUAUCAUCCCAUGGAGGUCUGGAUUUGGAGUCACACUCAAAAUUGAAGUGGAAAACCACACUACAGGCUGAUCCAACUUUGAUGUAAUGUCUUGAAAAAACAAGUCAAAAUGAGGCUCAGUAGUGUGUGUGGCCUCCUCGUGCCUGUAUGACCUCCCUAUAUCGCCUGCUCCUGAUGAGGUGGCGGAUGGUCUCCUUAGGGAUCUCCUCCCAGACCUGGACUAAAGCAUCCGCCAACUCCUGGACAGUCUGUGGUGCAACGUGGCGUUGGUGGAUGGAGCGAGACAUGAUGUCCCAGAUGUGUUCAAUUGGAUUCAGGUCCGGGGAACGGGCGGGCCAGUCCAUGGCAUCAAUGCCUUCCUCUUGCAGGAACUGCUGACACACUCCAGCCACAUGAGGUCUAGCAUUGUCUUGCAUUAGGAGGAACCCAGGGCCAACCGCACCAGCAUAUGGUCUCACAAGGGGUCUGAGGAUCUUAUUUCGGUACCUGAUGGCAGUCAGGCUACCCCUGGCGAGCACAUGGAGGGUUGUGCGGCCCCCCAAAGUAAUGCCACCCCACACCAUGACUGACCCACCGCCAAACUGGUCAUGCUGGAGGAUGUUGCAGGCAGCAGAACGUUCUCCACGGCGUCUCCAGACUCUGUCACGUCUGUCACGUGCUCAGUGUCAACCUGCUUUAAUCUGUGAAGAGCACAGGGCGCCAGUGGCGAAUUCACCAAUCUUGGUGUUCUCUGGCAAAUGCCAAACGUCCUGCACGGUGUUGGGCUGUAAACACAACCCCCACCUGUGGACGUUGGGCCCUCAUACCACCCUCGUGGAGUCUGUUUCUGACUGUUUGAGCAGACACAUGCACAUUUGUGGCCUACUGGAGGUCAUUUUGCAGGGCUCUGGCAGUGCUCCUCCUGCUCCUCCUUGCACAAAGGCAGAGGUAGCGGUCCUGCUCCUGGGUUGUUGCCCUCCUACAGCCUCCUCCACGUCUCCUGAUGUACUGGCCUGUCUCCUGGUAGCGCCUCCAUGCUCUGGACACUACGCUGACAGACACAGCAAACCUUCUUGCCAUAGCUCGCAUUGAUGUGCCAUCCUGGAUGAGCUGCACUACCUGAGCCACUUGUGUGGGUUGUAGACUCCGUCUCAUGCUACAACUAGAGUGAAAGCACCGCCAGCAUUCAAAAGUGACCAAAACAUCAGCCAGGAAGCAUAGGAACUGAGAAGUGGUCUGUGGCACCACCUGCAGAACCACUCCUUUAUUGGGGGUGUCUUGCUAAUUGCCUAUAAUUUCCACCUGUUGUCUAUUCCAUUUGCACAACAGCAUGUGAAAUGUAUUGUCAAUCAGUGUUGCUUCCUAAGUGGACAGUUUGAUUUCACAGAAGUGUGAUUGACUUGGAGUUACAUUGUGUUGUUUAAGUGUUCCCUUAAUUUUUUUGAUCAGUGUAUCAUUAAUAUAAACCAAUAUUACCCUGGUUCUGUCCUGUCAUCUGUUUAAACAAUAUUACCCUGGUUCUGUCCUGUCAUCUGUUUAAACAAUAUUACCCUGGUUCUGUCCUGUCAUCUGUUUGAGAGGACAAUAUUACCCUGGUUCUGUCCUGUAAUCUGUUUAAACAAUAUUACCCUGGUUCUGUCCUGUCAUCUGUUUGAGAGGACAAUAUUACCCUGGUUCUGUCCUGUCAUCUGUUUAAACAAUAUUACCCUGGUUCUGUCCUGUCAUCUGUUUAAACAAUAUUACCCUGGUUCUGUCCUGUCAUCUGUUUGGGAGGACGAAGACUUUCAAAUUGCAUUGUUGCCCUCUGCCUUGGGCAGAUUAUAUUUAGAGCUAGAGGACAACCGGUGAAAGAUGUCGUGAGGAGAGGUGGCACAGCUUCAGGUAAAACCACAAGCUUCUAAAGAUGGAGGACAAAGGCUCAGCCUAUCAAAGGCUGGGAACCUCAGCAAUUCU